UGCCGCAACGCCCAGAAGAGCGAAGCCACGCGAGACCUCAUCCUGGCCACCCACCCCGCCGCUCAGGUCUCUACCGUGGAAGUGGACCUGGGUAACCUGGCUUCCGUCCUGCGUGUCGCCCGUGAGCUCCGCUGCAGGUUUCAGCGCCUGGACUUCGUCUACCUCAAUGCUGGGAUCAUGCCCAACCCACACGUGAACUUCAAGGCACUCUGGCAUGGUCUCCUCACCGGGAGGGUGCUUCACAUGCUGACCACUGCGGAAGGAAUAAUGACCCAGACGGACAGGCUUAACGGAGAUGGACUGCAGGAGGUGUUUGCUACCAACCUCUUCGGACACUUCAUCCUGGUUCGUCAACUUCAGUCUCUACUCUGCGGUAAUGAAAAGCCCUCGCGACUCAUCUGGACCUCUUCCAGCAAUGCCAGGGAGUCUGCCUUCAGCCUUUCUGACUAUCAGCAUGCCAAGGGGCAGGAAUCAUACAGUUCCUCCAAAUAUGCUACUGACCUGACAAGUGUGGUUCUGAACAGGAAAUUUAAUAAGCAGGGUCUGUAUUCCAGUGUUGUUUGUCCUGGUCUCGUUAUGUCUAACAUGACCUACAGAAUUUUACCAGUUUUUCUGUGGAAGCUGCUAAUGCCCAUCAUGUGGUUGAUCCGCUUUUUUGCCAAAACUUACACUCUGACACCAUAUAACGGAGCAGAAGCUCAUGUGUGGCUGUUCAAACAGAAGCCAGAGUACCUGGAUGCGCUUGUCAAAUACCACAGCUGUACUUCUGGACUGGGGAAGAGCUAUGUGGAGCCCAGAAAGAUUGAUGUGGAUGAAGAAACUGCUGAGAAAUUUUACCAAAAGCUGUUGGAGCUGGAGAAGCAGACUCUAGAGAGAUACAGUGAUCUCCUAGAUUAAGUAAAGCCAGUCCCAGGGGGAUAACAGGCUCGUAUCGGUAGAUGGGCUUUCUUCAUUCUGGUGCUGCUUGUGUUGCCUGCUGUUCUGCAGGCA